UCCAUAAGAAGCUCGCCUUCCUUAAAAGCAGACGACAGGGGGAAGGACGGGAAGAAGAGGAAGCGAGGACGAGACAAUAGGAAGAGGAAACCGAUCGAGAUAUAGCGGGAGACAUGUCGUGAUAACGAGGAGGAGAGGAGAGAGGUUUCCGGAUUGGUGUUCGUUUUGUAUCACUGUCUCAAUCCUUAUUUCGGUUGAAUCAAUAGCGUGAUUCUUUUCUUGCCUCCUGCUCUCUCCUUUUAGUGUUUGGGACCAUGAGUUAGUUCUUCGGUGGUAAAAUCCAAUCCAUUUGUUGUGUGUGUGUGUGUGUUUGAGAGAGAGAGAGAGAGAGAGAGAGAGGGGGGGGGAUGAAAGGAGAGGGGAAGUCGAGGUCUCUGUUUGGGAUACCAUUGACAGAGAGGCCCAAAUGGCAGCAGUUUCUCUUGUGUUCCUCCGGGUUCUUCUUUGGCUACCUCAUCAAUGGCAUUUGUGAGGAAUAUGUGUACAAUCGUUUGCAAUUCAGCUACGGCUGGUACUUCACCUUUGUGCAAGGAUUUGUGUAUCUGGGGCUCAUACACCUGCAGGGCUUCACCACAAAGCAGAUGGUGAAUCCAUGGAACACGUAUGUCAAACUGUCUGGUGUUCUUAUGGGAUCACAUGGACUGACCAAAGGAUCUCUGGCCUUCUUGAACUACCCGGCACAGUUGAUGUUUAAAUCUACCAAGGUGUUGCCAGUGAUGAUAAUGGGAGCCUUCAUCCCGGGUCUUCGACGCAAGUACCCAUUGCAUGAAUACAUCUCUGCAGUGCUUCUCGUUGUGGGUCUCAUCCUCUUCACCUUGGCCGACGCCCAAACAUCGCCCAAUUUUAGCGUGAUAGGCGUGGUCAUGGUAUCGAGUGCCCUCGUCAUGGACUCCUUUGUUGGUAAUUUGCAGGAGGCUAUAUUUACUAUGAAUCCGGAGACCACUCAGAUGGAGAUGCUCUUUUGUUCGACUGUCGUGGGGCUACCUUUGUUGAUCCCGCCUAUGCUUUUGACAGGGGAGCUCUUCACGGCAUGGAACUCAUGCAAAGAGCAUCUGUAUGUGUAUGCUGUUCUAGUGUUUGAAGCAAUGGCUACCUAUGUUGGACAAGUAUCGGUGCUGUCGCUCGUUGCGAUAUUUGGUGCAGCAACCACCGCCUUGGUAACUACAGCGAGGAAGGCAGUCACACUUCUACUAUCAUAUCUGAUAUUUACAAAACCUUUAACCGAGCAGCAUUGCAGCGGGCUUCUGUUGAUCGCGAUGGGAAUUGUUCUGAAGCUGCUUCCAGACUACAAAGAUUCAAAUCCACAGAAACAAAAGCGGAAACAGCAACACCAUGAGGAUCACAUUGGGCAAGAUGAAGAGAGGAAUUCAUUAGUCUGAAGAACAGUAGAUUCUACUAAUGUUCCCAAUUUGUUUCUAGUGAGAAUAUGUACACUAUGGUGGUGGAGUGCCUGCCCUCCUUUACUGCUGCUCUCUUUGAAAUCAAUGGCUUGGUUCAACUCAACGUAAACUACACUGCUGGUUGUCUGCAUAACCUUGUAGGUACUGUUCUCUAGGUUGACUAAGCUGGAGAGAGUAUAUUGCCAACAUAGAUGGCAUAAUCUUCUCCAUGACUCAUGGAAAGGAAAUAAUUCUGUUCAUGAAGAAUUAUACUGAGAGAUUGUUUUCAUGAUUUGAACCUUACUCAUUAUUACUUUGGCUUUAAAAAGUGUUAUUGGUUUGAUGUCUA